CAAGAGCUGACAUCAUCAGAAAUAAUGGCGUCGUUACUAGGAGCUGUGUGUCACGACCUUGACCAUCCUGGGGUCAGCCAGCCUUUCUUGAUAGCCACUUCUAACCAUCUAGCCGCUUUGUAUAAGAAUUUCUCGGUGUUAGAAAAUCAUCACUGGAGGUCAGCUAUUUCCUGCUUGAGGGAAUCAGAGUUACUACACCAUCUCUCAAGAGAAGUCCGUGACGACGUUGAAUUUCAGGUGAGGUCUCUGAUUCUAGCUACUGACAUCACCCGACAGCAAGAAUUUUUAACAACGUUUAAG